AUGGCAGCUAUAGAGAGCUUCGACGGCAUCUACUUGGACCUGUCCAAGGAGAGCGGCAAGUGCAGAUUUGCCGAGAGCGGUCUCGGUUGGAAGCCCUCCGGCGGUGGCGAUACCUUCACUCUCGAUCACAGCACAAUUGCCUCGGCGCAGUGGAGCCGAGCUGCCAAGGGCUACGAAAUCAAGAUCCUCAACCGAGACUCGCGCAUCAUCCAGCUCGAUGGUUUCCAACAAGAGGACUAUGAGCGUCUUGCCAAGCUCUUCAAGAACUGGUACAGCACCGCGCUCGAGAAUAGGGAGCAUGCCCUGAGGGGAUGGAACUGGGGCAAGGCCGACUUUGGAAAGGCUGAGCUGUCUUUCAACGUCCAGAGCCGCCCUGCGUUCGAAAUCCCCUACUCCGAAAUCUCAAACACCAACUUGGCGGGUCGUAACGAGGUCGCAGUCGAAUUCUCAGCUCCCACGGACAAGAACGAUACUGGCACUAAUGGCCACUUGGGGGGUGCGCGCGGAAAGGGCAAGAAGGCGGGUGCCGGCAAGGAUCAGCUCGUUGAGAUGCGGUUUUACAUUCCCGGAACCGUCAAGAAGGAAGUGGAGGGCGACGAGGCUGGUAGCGACGCCGGCGGCGAAGAGGAGAAGAACGCCGUCACCCUGUUCUACGAUACCCUGAUGGAGAAGGCCGAGAUUGGCGAGACCGCAGGCGAUACUAUCGCUACGUUCCUAGACAUCCUCCAUCUCACACCCAGAGGUCGUUUCGAUAUCGACAUGUACGAUGCGUCUUUCCGUCUCCGUGGUAAGACGUACGACUACAAGAUCCAGUACGACGCCAUCAAGAAGUUUAUGGUGCUUCCCAAGCCAGACGAGACCCACGUGCUUCUCUGCGUUGGCCUGGACCCGCCCCUGCGCCAGGGUCAGACAAGAUACCCGUUCAUCGUCAUGCAGUUCAAGAAGGACGAGGAGGUGACGAUUGAUCUUAACCUCACCGAGGAGCAAAUAGAUGAGCGGUACAAGGACAGGCUUCAGCCUCACUACGAGCAACCUCUUCACCAAGUCAUCACCUACAUCUUCCGAGGACUUGCCAACAAGAAGAUCACGACGCCUGCCAAGGACUUCCAGACCCAUCGCAAUCAGUUCGGUAUCAAGUGCUCGAUCAAGGCCAGUGAAGGCUUCCUGUACUGCCUGGAGAAGGCGUUCAUGUUUGUGCCUAAACCUGCGACGUACAUUGCCUACGAGCAAACAGCGUCCAUCACAUUCUCUCGUGUUGGAGGUGCCGUUUCUGCGCUGUCAACCUUUGAUAUCACCGUGCAGAUGAAGAACGGCGCUGGCUCAUCACAGUUCAGCAACAUCAACCGCGAGGAUCUCAAGGGGCUCGAGGAGUUCUUCAGACUCAAGGGAUUGCGCUGGGGUCCAUAUACCAUGAACGAGCCCAUCCCGCUCCCGGGCUCAGGUUCAGGCUCAACGGGAACGAUGCCCCGCCUCGGUCUCGGCGUCUACCAGCUCAGGGGGGAAGAAUGCUUCGCGGCCUGUCUGGCGGGGUUAGAGGCCGGGUACCGGCACAUUGAUACGGCGCAGCUGUAUGGGAAUGAAGAGGAGGUUGGGAGGGCCGUUGGGGUGUUUUUGAGACGGCGAGAGGAGGGGUCAUCGGAUGGGUGUGGUGAUGGACGGGGAGAAGAGGGGGCAGGGAAGAGUAGAGUCAAGAGGGAGCAUCUUUUUUUGACGACCAAGGUUGGACGCUGGGAGGGCGACGGGGAGAAGAUGUAUGAGAGUGUACUGGGGAGUGUAAUCAGAAUUGCUGGGGGGGAGGAGGGUGGAGGGUACGUUGACUUGAUUCUCGUACAUCGUCCCGUUGCGCGGUGGAGGGAUAUCUGGAGCGAGUUGGGGAGGUUUCUGAGGGAGGGUAGGGCGAGGGUGCUUGGGGUUAGUAAUUUUGGGAUCGGGGCGCUGGAGGAGAUGAAGAAGGGUUGCGAGGGGGUGUUGCCGUGUGUGAAUCAGAUUGAGCGAGAACUAGUCGCCUACUGCCAACAAAACGGCAUCGUGGUACAAGCGUACAGCCCUCUCGCGCGCGGGCAGCGGUGGACGGAUCCGGUGUUGAGACUUCGUUCCGAGUUUGUAAAGUGCAAAGCAAGAUUGAUCGGCUUUCGGUUUCUCAAAAGCGUGCAAAAGCGUGUAGACCUUAGCACGCCUGCUAAUGAGGUUCCUACAAGUGCCCCACGCAGACAGCGCUCCCAGCGGCCGGGGCAAGACGGAAGGUUCGCCAAGACCCGAACCGGGGCUUUAUUCGGGCGCGGGUUGGUGGCGCUGGCGCUGGCGCACGAACUCAUCAAGUGGGCGGUGGAACCAUUCCAGGGCGGCCAGCACAGGUGCCAGCUUCACCUGGAAUCUUCGAUGCUCAUCCUGGGCCAUCCCACCUCGCGCUGCGCUUGCGGAGGGGCAGUGAAGCACUUUCAACGUCCGUUGCGCGGCGGCUGCCAGUGCGGGCGCAACAGUUACAUCAUCGAGGUCCCGCAAGGCACCACCGAGAAAGCCCAGGUGCUAUUCCAUACAGACUCAAUGCACAGAGUUCCUCUCGCGACCCCACUGGCCGCCAUGAUCCGAGUGCCACUCUCGUGGUAUCACAGCUCAACCCACGCCUUCUACCCGGACGAAAGGCACUCGGCGAUCCGCCGCGUUUUCGAAUCACCCUCCAACCACCACCCUUCGAGACGAAACUUUUGCGGCUUCUGCGGCACGCCGCUAUCCUACUGGACCGAGAGACCCCCUACCGAGGCGGGGUUCAUCCACCUGACCCUUGCGAGCCUGCGAGGUGAAGACCUUCGAGAUCUGGAAGAUCUGGGGCUGAUUCCAGAGUUUGAAGAGCCGGAAGAACAGCCCGCUGUUCCGACAACAACCACGGUAAUUGGGAGGGAAACCCAGGGCGUUCCUUGGUUCGAGGGCAUGAUCGAUGGUACCCGUUUGGGCAACUUGCGUCACAGCCAGGUUGUUGAUCAUAGCAGAGACGGGAAAAUUAGGGUUGAAUGGGAGAUUGUAGAGUGGACCGAGGGAGACGAUGCUCCCGACGUGGCCGCAGCAGCGGAUGGCGAUGUUAAUAUGACGACAAAUCAUCCCGGAAAACGCAAAAUGAACGACCGAGAGGACGAGGAUGCGGCUGUCGACGGCAUGCAUUAA